AGAGGGAGGGAGGAGUGUUGGUUCAUUUCAAAAGCUAUAUAACUACAGGGCCCCAGAUACUAAGAUACACCUGCUGAGUUUCCCACUCUCGACUCAUACGACGACAGCAACCAUGAAGCUGGCUAUCCUGAUCUGCGUUUCUGUUCUCUUCUACCUUUCUGUGGCAGAAGCACAGGAGAGUGAGAACAACGUUCCUGAAUUUGGAUGUACUCGUGAGUACAAUCCAGUUUGUGGAGACGAUGGACUCACAUACUCCAAUGAGUGUAUGCUGCACUGGGAGAACAAGGUUCGUAACAAGAACGUCAGCCUUAAGCACGCAGGACGGUGUGAGGAUGAAAACAAGUGAGCCUGAACUCACUGCUGUUACAUCAAUGGCAUCCAAACUGGCCUUUAGUUUAGAUACUACACCAACAACCAGCAUGAUUUUCUGUCAUACAUUAAUCAGUAUCAUGUAAGGACAUAUGCUAUUGGAACUUUAUCAGACACUGCUUUGUCAAUAUGUAAUCUAAUGCAAUAAAACAGUGAAGCAUU